UGCAAAAGGAAUAAGACGAAUGUGGAAGAAAAAAGGCCGAUAAAGUUCCUGGCUGCAAUACAAGAGACAUAUCAUUACCAUAUGAUCUAAUGUGGGUGUCAGCCGGAUUGUGUUCAUUGAGAGAAACCUUAUUUUUUAACUGUGCUAUGGAGUAGAAGCAGGAGGCUUUCAACCUAGUGACAGUAACAGAGCAGAAUCGACCCCCUCCUUUUUUCCACACCUGCAAACUCUCUUGCUUGGGCUGAAUAUUUAGAGUAAUUACAUCUCAGCUUUGAGGGCUCCUGUGGCAAAUACCCGGAUUAAAAGGUUCCCAGGUUGUGAAAAUAUAUGAGCUAAAUCAUGAAGGUGACUUUCAUCUUCCUCCUGCUUGCACAAGCUUCCUGGGCUGGACCAUUUCAACAGAGAGGCUUGUUUGACUUUAUGCUAGAAGACGAGGCCUCUGGGAUUGGCCCGGAAGAGCGUGCUCCUCCUGAGUUUCCCGAGCUGCCCUCAGGCCCUGUGUGCCCCUUCCGCUGUCAGUGCCACCUUCGAGUCGUUCAGUGUUCUGAUUUGGGUUUGGACAAAGUGCCCACUGAUCUCCCCCCCGACACGACGCUGCUGGACCUUCAAAACAACAGAAUAACUGAAAUCAAAGAUGGAGACUUUAAGAAUCUGAAGAAUCUUCAUGCAUUGAUCCUUGUUAACAACAAAAUUAGCAAAAUCAGCCCUGGAGCAUUUGCACCUUUGGUGAAACUGGAGAGACUUUACCUAUCCAAGAAUCAUCUGAAAGAAUUGCCCGAAAAAAUGCCCAAAUCUCUUCAGGAGCUCCGUGCCCACGAGAACGAGAUCACCAAAGUGCGGAAGUCUGUGUUCAACGGAAUGAAUCAGAUGAUUGUCAUAGAACUGGGCACAAACCCCCUGAAGAGCUCUGGAAUUGAAAACGGAGCCUUCCAGGGAAUGAAGAGGCUCUCCUACAUCCGCAUUGCAGACACCAACAUCACCUCCAUCCCGCAAGGUCUUCCCUCUUCCCUUACUGAGCUACACCUUGAUGGAAACAAAAUCAGCAGAGUCGAUGCAUCUAGCCUGAAAGGACUGAAUAAUUUGGCUAAGUUGGGACUGAGUUUCAACAGCAUCUCUGCUGUGGACAAUGGUUCUCUGGCCAAUACCCCUCAUCUGAGGGAGCUUCACUUGGACAACAACAAGCUUGUCAAGGUUCCCGGUGGGCUAGCGGAGCACAAGUACAUCCAGGUUGUCUACCUUCAUAACAACAACAUUUCUGUAGUUGGAUCAAAUGAUUUUUGCCCACCAGGAUACAACACCAAAAAGGCUUCUUAUUCAGGUGUGAGUCUCUUCAGCAACCCCGUCCAGUACUGGGAGAUCCAGCCCUCCACCUUCCGGUGCGUCUACGUGCGCUCUGCCAUCCAACUCGGAAACUACAAGUAGCUCCAAGAAAACCAUCAUCUUUAUAGCCCGGCCAAAUCCUGUUAAUGUCAUUGCUAAAAGAAAAACAAUAAAAUAAAAUAAAAGAGUGAGAACGAAUGCUAGAUAUUGGAAAUUCAACUCUAUUGUGGAUGGUUUUCCCACAUGACUUAUUAUACAUAAAGCCAAAUAUUAAAUUCAAGUAAUUGCCUGCAAUAAAAAAAAAAAAUUACCUGCCAUGUUCAGAAUCAUUUUUCUAAAGUUUCUGUUAAUGUUAAUUGAGUGACUCUAGGCAUCUUUAGUUCACCAAAUGUAAAAUUCAUAGGAAUUAUAUACAUGUCAAAAUUUACUAAAGCUUUUUUCUUUUAAUUUUUUAGAAAGAACAAAAUAAAAACAGUAUUGUUCUUCUGUAAUUCAUAGGGCAAUUAGUUGUCAUGACAUAAAAGUAAAUGUCAAAUGCUAGCUCUGUAUUAAUCUUCACUAUUAUUGGUAAAGCCUUAUUUGAAUAUGUGAAUUCAAUACAAGCCAUGUAAAAUUUUGUGCUAAUGUCUUUGUUUUCAAAAAAUAAAUUUAAAAUGCAUUCAAAAUUGA